AUGUUUGGGUUGAUUGCUACGCUUUCGCUUUUGGUGGUCGGAGCUCAGCCCCAAGCCGACUCCUUUUCCCAUAACUUCGCUCAAAACAGCAUGCUCCCUUUGGCUGCUGCAGCUUAUUCAGACAAUCCGGGUGCAUGCGUCAGAAAUCGCUUUGGAAGAAACGCAAAGGUUGAGGUCGUGAGAUUUUACAAAACGAACUGCAACGGUCCCAUAAAUAUUGGAAAAGUCUACUGUGUGGCAUACACGGCUCUGCUUCAUGGAAAAGAGAAAGCAAUAGUGCUGAGUUUCAGAGGAACAGAAGAUGGUUGGCAGCUUUCAAAGCAGCUUUUUCAUCCCCUCUUAAGUAAAGAAUGGUUUGGUGGUGCGUCGGUGAACACCUACUUUCUUCAUUCUUUCAACAGCGUCUUUCAUACGAGAAUGAAUAGAUUAACCAGGAGCAGUAUGUAUGAAGAUGCUCGAGAACUGAUUCGUAAAUACCCAACAUAUGACAUUUGGAUAACUGGGCACUCACUGGGAGGUGCAUUGGCAUCUCUGGCGGCAUCUUAUUUACUGGAGACAGGAACUGCACCAAGAUCAAAAACAAAGUUAAUAACGUUCGGCCAGCCCAGGACAGGCGACGGGAUAUUUGCUGAGAGGCUCAAUAAUAAGAUCGACUAUGCAUUCCGAGUCAUCCAUGACAAUGAUAUGGUACCUCAUAUCCCACCCAAUCUCCCUACACUUUUUGGAAAGCUUCGAUACCACCACCAUAAAAAGGAGGUUUAUUAUGGACGAAACAUGAGAAACGGCUUCAAAGUGUGCAACACCGAGAACGAUAGUUCCUGCAGCGGUCGCUAUUCCUUCUUGAGAACAAUUGACGUCAAUGAAGAAGCAAGACAAUUCAGUUGGAAGCUAGUACGAAGGAAAGAAACAGAGCCACGGUAA